UGCUGGUCUGUCUGUGUACAUAUGUGUAUCUGUCUAUCAUACCAAAUGCUACAUCAAAUUUAAAUAGUAUUACUAACAGAAUUUCACUUAUGUCUUAAGUAUUGUAUUAGAUUUACAGGGUUGGAAUCAGAUACAGUAUGUAUUUAUUAUAAGAUUAAUAUUCCACUGCCAGGAUAUGAAAUACAGUUUUUAUUAUUUUAGCUGAUCUUUAUCAUUGCUGAUAAAGAUAAUUUAUCUUUAGCUUUUGUUUUCUUUCUUUUUUUUUCAAUCUAUGCAGAGCUAGAAGGUUUCUUAAUGAACUCUGUAAGUUCGUCAAGGUUUAACAGCCGUAUGGAUGUUCUGUUGGGGAAGUUGAAACAUGGGCUUAAAAUUGUGCUUGGAAUAUGUUCCUGUCACUGCCUCCAUGAGAAAUUGAGAUUGGCUGAUUUCUACACAAUCCAUCAUGCCUGCCAUUGUAAACCUACUCUUCAACACGGUCUCCACCAACACCACCAUCUCUUUUUCUCUGGUGCUGCCUCUAGUCAGCAUCCUCUCCCUGCUGGUAGGGGUCGGAGGUCACCUGCUCAUGUGGUUAGUGUUGAUGCGUAACCCACGGCGUCGUUCAAAGCCCAGCUCGGUCCUCCUGUUAAACCUGAGCUUUGCUGAUCUGUGUGCUCUACUCACCUUGCCCUGUGUGCUGCUAAGCGCUAGCUCUCAGAACUGGCAGCUGGGAGGAGGCGUUUGUGUAUUGUUGAGCUUCAUGACCUCCCUCACCGCUGGAGUGGACAUCUUCAGCCUGGCUGCCCUCUCGGUGCUGCGUUAUCGAAUAGUGGCUCCCUCGACACGGCCCCCCGCCACCCCUGCUCAGGUAGCUGGCACAGUUGCUGUUAUCUGGCUGGUUUCCAUCGCUAUGGCCCUACCUAAAGUCACAUACAUCCAGUUUGACAGUGGCUGCACGUGGUCGGUGGGCCGUGGUCAGUGGCUGGGCUUCCUCGUUCCUGCAUUUCUGGUGUAUUACGUGGCUCCUCUACUCUGCAUUGCCCUGCAUUGUGGCCUCAUCAUCACACACCUGUACCGCUGCCGGGGCACUCUAGCCGCAGACCACCGCAAUAAAAAAGCCACGGCCCUUCUCAUCGGCUCCACGCUGGUGUUUGCCAUCAGCUGGCUGCCUUAUUACGUGCUGGAGUUUGUCAAUGUUUUAUCGCCAUCCCUUAAUUCCGUCAGCUCACCCACAAGCCCCGCCUCCAGCGCCUCGACCCCAUUGCCGGCGUCAAGUACAGAGGUGUCUCUGCUGUGGGAGGUGACCUCGCUGUCUGCCAUUCUUCUGAUUUGUCUGGCACCCUGCUGGAACCCGCCACUCUACUUUCUGCUAUCUAAGCCAGCCUUGAAGCAACUGAGAGGGCUGCUACCCAUCAUGCACCAACACUGGAGAGCUGCUACCCUCGUACAGCACAUAGCGCCAAAACACGCUCCCACUCAACCCCACUCACAGCCUGGGUCUCAACACAUUCCUCAGCACAUACUAACAGCGACUCAUGCACAAUGAGAACGCACACUCAGAUCGACAUGGUAAGGUACAGCACAUACCUGCUUCACAGCAAUGCACACCCACACACAGGCACAAAGUACACACACGCCACACACACAAUGACAGGUAUUUUCUGCCAGAGCAUCCUCAUCCCUCUCAUGCUAGCUGAGAUUGUGAGUUGCUUAGUAACACUACAGAGAGGAACAGAAACAUAAGACCAUGGACCUCUGCAUUUAUGGCUCAGCAUCACAUUUUACAAUGUUCCAGCAUGCCAGCUGCUCUCUUUCCCUCACUCAAAAUCUAUCGCUCACACUAAAAACGUAUCACGGCAGAUUUUUAUCACCAACUCGGUCACGCUCACACACAUUAGCGUGUUCUUGACAACAUAUGUGUUAAUUUUUAAUUCGCUUGUUUCUGAUCGCUUGUGCGGUGAGUAAUAGAUUAGAUUUGUGUGGGCUGGUACUGUAUGUCAGAUAGAUUGUCUAUGAAGGCUUAAUGUAGUGCGUUUGAGUCUCGCUUGCUGAUUAUUGGUGUUAUGAAUCAUUGAUAUGUGCUAUAAUGAGUUUUCUGACAGUUAUUGUCAGCCUUAUGUAAAAUGCAUUGCACUGUGAUUUCAGAAAUGGGAAAACUAUAUACAAAUUUCCCAUUAAUGACAGAGGCAUGGCUGAGAGAACUCAGCAGCUCUCAGAACUGUCACCUGCGGAUGAGUCACCCUGCUUCACAAUAUUUUUUUCAUUCUUUGCUAAUAUAUAGCCAGUGUAAUAAAACAUGGAUCUGAAUUGA